AUGGCAGGUACUUUGAAGCAGACCACAGGCCAAAAAGACGAUGAUUACAUCAGUCCGUUGCCCGAUUGCCUAAUCCACCACAUCUUCUCCUUUUUGCGCAUGAGGGACGUGGUCAAAACUUGUGUUUUGUCGAAAAGUUGGCGGUCUGUUUGGACCACUGUCUCGGAUCUCAGGUUCUCCAUCUCUUCUUAUGAUGAUGAUUGGUUUGUAGAAAGGGUUUUGACCCAAUAUGGGUGGGCUAAGGUGGAAAAGUUCCACCUUGACAUUGAAUCAAAGCACUUCUUUACCUCUACUAUCGAUUCAUCGGUUUGCUUUGCGAUUGAUCAUCAAGUGCAAGAACUUCGUCUCAGCUUUAAUUUUGGGUGGGCGUGUUACACGCUGUCUCCAUUGCUCUAUAGUUGCUCUUCGUUGACUAAGCUAUGUUUGAGUCGCUGUUGUUUAUCAUUCAGCGAAAGUAUCAGUUGGAUUUCGCUUAAGUCCUUGUCCAUUCAAUACAUGGACAUGAGUGAUGAUGUUCUGCAGAAAAUUUUGAUGGGCAGCCCUGUCCUUGAAUACUUGAAUUUGAAAAGAUGCUGGGAUGUAAAAGGAAUUCAUUCGACCAGUUUGAAAGAGUUGGUGAUUGAUGAUAUUCAAGUGGGAUUACCUUUGCACAUUUCGACUCCUCAAUUACUGUCAUUGCAUGUGACAGAUUAUCUUUUUGAGAUAAUAAGAAUUGUUGAAGCACCAUCCUUGCUGGAAGCGGUAUUAGAUUUCCACAGUCAAAUUAAAUCAGAUUUCUGCCUGCUGAAGGAAAUGCUUUGCAAGCUGCAAAAUGCUACUCGAAUUCUUUUCGGUUCUUGGUGCGUUCGGGUUAUGUGGCCUUUGAAGGUAGAAGACGUGCAGGUUUUGCUGCCGAGUUGCAAGUCUCUGACCCUACACGUGCCCAUUCCCGAGUUUAGCUUUCCUGCUAUAGCAAAUAUGCUAGCAACUACACCAAAUUUGGAGAAGCUGGUUAUAGUUUUUAAGCCAUUUGAUCCGUACUCGUACUCGGUAUAUUCUCUAUACUCUAAUUCGCAGAAUAUAUCUGACUUAGACUCCUGCAAUUUUGAUCACGAGAGCUAUUGGCAUAUAAAGAAGAAGUUCAAGCGUUGGGCUCUGCAUCUCAAGAAUGUUGAGAUUUUUGGAUUUUAUGAUUGUUUAAGAUUUAAAUAUGAGGAAGUUCUCACGCUGGUAAAGUUUCUUCUCGGACAUGCAUUUGUGCUGGAAAAUAUGGUCAUCGAUGUUAUGAAGGGAUUACAACAUCUUGAGCUUCAAUACUAUGCGGAUUCGUUCCAUGAGACUCUCCGCUCAGUAAAGCUUCUCAAAAUGCUGAAGUUGUUUAUUGCUAUCCUUGUGGGGGAAAUCCUUCUGAAAUCAUGUGUAGAUCUUAACUCUUUGCUCGAUCUCAUGAUGUGA